GGACCUGGUCCAAUUACAAACUUUACUAUUAGCGAAGUAAUGGAAACAUCCAUGGUCGUCGUAUGGGAAAAGCCAAAACUCAAACAUCAGAGAUUAGUAGUAUGGUACGAGCAAUUUGGCAGAGGAGCUCAAUCUAAGGACGUUACUAAUAACAAUGAAAAUGUUGAUCUGACAGAAUUGAAUGCAGGUGUACGGUAUUCAGUUUGGACUGAGGUUACGUACGAGGGUUAUACGUCUGCCGAACCAUCCAGCAAAAAGGAUUCAUUAACAAACCACAUGUAUAUCACCUGGAGUAACUCAACAAGUGAGAAUGGCGUAGACAGAUACAAUGUUUCACUAAUAAAUGGAACGGGAAUUAUCGGUGAAGUUGAACCCUCUGUUACUAAUCACGGUGUUAACAUAUCUACUUUGAGGCCUGGUAUCUCAUACUGUGUUAGCGUUAUUGCAGAACUUAAAUCUCUCAAAAGUCAUCCGAGUGAAGAUUGUUUCCUCACAGAUGAAAUACCGCCAGGGAAGCCAGAAAAUGUUAAUGUAACUAAUACAGACAUGAAUUCCGUAUCAAUAUCUUGGGUAGCCCCACCUAUCCCCAAUGGUGUCAUACUCAACUAUAUAGUUCGUCAUAAAGAGUGUGAAAAUAACUCGUAUAUUGAAACCAACGUGGGAAUGACAACGACCCAUACUAUAAGUGGCCUCAGAGCAGGUCUUCCAUACGAGUUCAUAGUGUAUGCAAGCAAUAGCAAGGGUCUAGGUGAUGCUUCAGUGCCCCUUAUACAACCGACAGAUGAAGACCUGCCAGAGAGUGUUUCAAAUCUGCAAUUAACUCCCACUUCAAAAAAUUUAACAAUAACUUGGCAGGAGCCAGGUGAACCAAAUGGCAUUGUCCGCCACUAUAUAGUGAAAGUUGAAAACGAGGGAACGUGUCAUAAAGGUGUUGUAUUUAAUGUGACACAUCCAACUGACGAGCGCUAUAUUGGUCUUGAGACAGGUAUUCCACUGUCUUCUGAUAUUGAAAUAGAUCUCAAUGAAUGCGAAACUGUUGAUCUUGGGGGAACAAUUCAAAUCAACGAAACAGCUGUAUAUACAGUAAAUGAUCUAUCCCCGUAUACGAAUUAUACAACAAUGGUUCAAUCUGUCAACUCCAAAGGACCCGGAGAAAAGCAAACACGACUCAUUGAAACACUCCAAGACAAACCCGAUGGAUCGCCAGUGGAUCUCGAAGUAUACAAUACUUCCUCAACUUCUUUGCUUAUAACAUGGGGAAACACAGUUCUUCCUAAUGGAAUAAUCACAAAUUACUCAGUUAAAUACUGGGAGGCUUCUGACACAAGUGAUAAUGGUAUAGAGGUGUUUACGAGUGAGAUGCAGAAAGAGGUCGCUGGACUUAAGAUUUAUACCAAUUACACCGUUGUAGUAAGGGCAUUUACAGUUAUCGGUGAAGGACCUUGGAGUAAUGAAACAAUAGGAAUCACUGGAGAGGAUGCACCAAGUCAACCCAUGUCCCUGAACGCAACCGAGAAAACAGCCUUUUCGGUAUUGGUAUCUUGGCAAGAACCAACAACUCUAAACGGAAUCAUCCGAUCGUACAUAGUAACAUACAGCAAUGGGACUGGAACAUAUCCACCUAUACACGUUGAUUCAUCAACUUAUGAGGUCAACGUUACUGGCCUGAGACCUUGGACAGACUAUACUUUCAAUGUGUCAGCAACAACUAUCAAACAAGGCCCAUCAACUGGUGUGACGUCUAAGACUUUGGAAUACUAUUCGGAGGCAGUGACUAAUUUGAAUAUAUUGGCCAAUUCCUCUAGUAGUGUACUAUCAUCAUGGCAAUAUCCAAACUCUCCAAAUGGCUUAAUCACUCACUAUAUCGUAAAAUUAUUCAAUGGAUCUAGAGUGUGCAUAGAUGGCUCUGUAUAUAACAUAACCAGAGAUUCACAAGCUGAGGCAAAGUUCUACCCAAUUACUGAAAUUGAUGAUUGUAUGAUAAAAUCGACACGGUCGAUGGGCGCUGGUGAAGCUGCUACAAAGUAUACCACUGAUCUAGAUCCGUAUCAACAGUACAAUGUUAUAGUAUAUGCUUGGAAUAGUGUAGGAAAGGGCGAAUCAUCAGAGGCGGACACUAUGACUUUGCAAGAUGCUCCGGGAGAUGCACCGACUGACGUAGUUUUAACACCACAAGAACGAUCAUUUACGGUUACAUUUAGGCCAUUAAGUAGACCAAACGGAAUUAUUACUACUUAUGAAUGUUAUAUACAUAACUUAAACACUGGGAAAAAUACAACUCAAAAUUAUACUAGACCAUCUUCUACUGCUGCUACGUUUUCAACUACUGGUGAAACCAUCAACAUAACUGGCUUGGAACCUUUUACAAAUUAUAGCAUACAACUGAGAGCUUAUACGACUAUAGGUCCGGGUCCUUGGAGCAAUCCAGCAUUAAAAAGUACACAAGAAGCAGCCCCUGAAAAAGUAUCAAGUUUUAGCGUCACACCACUUAACUAUACUACUGUCAAUUUAACAUGGGCUCCUCCAACAAAGCGUAAUGGUAUCGUGCGAGAGUAUGUCAUAAGUUUGAUAAAUAGUACGAGAAACGACACAAAAGUUUCAUCAACUACACGGGAGUACUUAGUAACUGGAUUGAAUGGUUAUACUAACUAUACAUUUGGUAUAGCAGCAGUUACAGUAGCAGUUGGGGAUGUAAGGCAUACAAGUCGCCAAACUCCAGAAGGACCUCCAACUAUUGUGCGUAAUCUUAGAGCACCAAACAACUCUUUGACUCACAAUAGUAUUGGGGUCACCUGGGAAGAGCCUGAAAUACCACAUGGAAUCAUUAGGUACUAUGUUAUAAGAUAUAAAAGUCCCCAGUCGACAGGAGACGAGGUUAGAAAUGUUACUGGGACAACCGCAACACUAGAUGAACUAACAAAUGGUACUAGAUACGAUAUCAGUGUUGCAGCUGUAACUAUAGCGGAGGGACCCUCUGCAAAAGCAUCAGCUACAACUUCACGCCAAGAAAAACAGACAGCCCCUCCUCAAAGUAAUGUAGGUGCUAUAGUUGGCGGAACGAUAGGUGGCGUGCUGUUUCUCCUGAUUGUAAUAAUCAUCAUCGUUGUGUUGCUUAGGAGAAACAGAAGACCGACGCAAGACAGUGUCAACAACACGGACUUGUACUUUAGAGAAGUUGCACCACUAAACCAGGACAAUGGAUAUACUAAUGGGAUUACUAAUACUGCUUUUGAAAUGGAAGAUAACACAAAUAAAGUUGCUGCAGUUAUUGAAGAAAAUAUAAAGAAAAUUGACGAAAAAUUGACAAGGCCCAUCAAAGUAUCUGACUUGAGUGAAUACCUUGUAAAACAUCGGGAGAACGAUAACGCACUCUUCAAGGAACAAUUUGUGGAAAUAGAUGCAAACAGUCCAUCUCAUUCUAUGAAAAUAGCCUUGAAUCCCGAAUUAAAAGCAAAGAACAGAUACAGGAACGUUCAUCCAUUCGAUCAUUCUCGAGUAAUUCUGUCACCAAGAGAUGAUGGGUCGCCAGAUUACAUCAAUGCAAGCUACUUGCCAGGAUAUAAUUCUGAUAAAGAAUUCAUCGCAUCUCAGGGACCGACUCCCCAGACAAAGGAUGACUUCUGGCAUAUGAUAUGGGAUCAGAAAACCAGUAUUGUAAUCAUGCUUACAAAAUGUGUGGAAAAUGGAAAGUUCAAGUGUGAGCAGUAUUGGCCAGCGAAUGAGGAACCUGUGAUGUUUGGGGAGAUAUCCGUGUUCAUUGUGAAAGAAGUACAGCACGAUCAUUUCACGGUCAGAGAGUUUGAAGUCAGCAAAGGCUCAGAGACAAGAACACUUCAUCAGUUUGCAUUCAGUGCCUGGCCAGAUUACGACGUCCCGGAUGAUCCUGAUGUGCUGCUAGAUUUUGCUCAAACAGUAAAAGGCCAUUCAGCUGGAAAGGAGGGAACACCAAUUGUACAUUGCAGUGCUGGAGUUGGACGAACUGGUGUCUAUUUGACUGUCGAUUACAUGCUUCAAAAAAUGAGAGAAUCUGACACAAUUGAUGUAUUUGCCCAUGUGUUAAAACUUCGGGAAUACAGAAAGUCUAUGGUGCAGACUGACAAGCAGUACAUAUUUAUUCAUGACUGUAUCGAGGCAGCUGUUAAACG